AGCUACGUGGAUUUCUUCCUGUGUCGCUGUUACAACAAACUUAAACAGAGGCCGCCUAAGUUUGAUAUUCUGACUUUUUCACAGGAUCUUCGGACGCUGCAUGCUUGUAUUCUCUUUAGGUCACCACCAGUGAUGGGAUCUUACAGGCAACUUGUCCAUUCGCUGCAUCCGUAGUUUUCGGAUUUUCGACCGUAAAGGUAGCCAUAAAGUUACCUUAUUCAUCUUAAACUACGAUCUUUGGAGUCCUUUUAAGCUCUGGUGUGAGGUGGGAAGGUUUUGAAGUGGAGUUUGAAUAUUUUUUCUUUCGAUGAAAUCCUGCGGAUUGUCGCUCGCCACUGUCGCUGCCUUGGGUAAUGAGGAAAAGAAAAUGGCGGCGGAAGAAGAGCCUGGUGAAUGCAAAGAUGGGUUCUUCAGUCUGACAGUCGAGGAAAAAGAAGCACUCAGUGAAUUGGAUAGCAGUUUCUUUGGAUUUUUGAGCCUCGAUAAAGAUGUCGCCAGGACGAAGACGCUACUGAACAAGGCUGUUCACUGCUACGAAACUUUAAUAGUAAAAGCUGAAGGAAAAGUGGAAUCUGAUUUCUUUUGUCAAUUAGGUCACUUCAACCUCUUACUGGAAGAUUAUUCAAAAGCUUUAUCUGCAUAUCAAAAAUACUACAGUUUACAUGCUGACUACUGGAAGAAUGCUCCAUUUCUUUAUGGUCUUGGCUUGGUCUACUUCUACUACAAUGCAUUUCAUUGGGCAAUUAGAGCAUUUCAAGAUGUGCUUUAUGUUGACCCCAGCUUUUGUCGAGCCAAGGAAAUUCAUUUACGGCUUGGAUUUAUGUUCAAAGUAAAUACAGACUAUGCAUCUAGUUUAAAGCAUUUUCAGUUAGCUUUGAUUGACUGUCGUAGCUGUACUUUGUCCAGUGCUGAAAUUCAAUUUCAUAUUGCCCACUUAUAUGAAAUACAGAGAAAAUAUCAUUCUGCAAAAGAAGCCUAUGAACAAAUAUUAAAGAAGGAAAACGUGACUUCACAAGUAAAAGCAGUUAUAUUGCAACAGAUAGGUUGGAUGCACCAUAAUAUGGAUCUGCCAGGAGACAAAUCUACCAAAGAAAGCUAUGCUAUUCAGUAUCUUCAGAAGUCUUUGGAGGAAGAUCCUAAUUCUGGUCAAUCAUGGUAUUUCCUUGGGAGGUGUUAUUCAAGUAUUGGAAAAGUUCAGGAUGCUUUUGUAUCUUAUAGACAAUCAAUUGAUAAAUCAGAAGCAAGUGCAGAUACAUGGUGCUCAAUAGGUGUGCUCUAUCAACAGCAAAAUCAGCCUAUGGAUGCUUUACAGGCUUAUAUUUGUGCUGUACAAUUGGACCAUGGGCAUGCAGCAGCCUGGAUGGAUUUAGGAAGCCUCUAUGAAUCCUGUAACCAACCUCAUGAUGCCAUUAAAUGCUACUUAAAUGCAACUAGAAGCAAAGAUUGUAGUAAUACCUCUGAACUUAAAAGAAGAAUUAAGUUUUUGCAGGCUCAGUUGUGUAACCUUCCACAAAGUAGACCACAGAAUAAAACUAAAUUACUUCCUAGUAUUGAGGAGGCAUGGAGCCUACCAAUUCCCGCAGAGCUUACCUCCAGGCAGGGUGCCAUGAACACAGCACAGCAGAGUGGUUCUGAUACUUGGAAUAGUGGCCAAACUGUUUCACAUCAUCCAAUACAACAAGAAGUUUAUUCACAGUGUUUGGCAGCACAGAAAUUACAGCACAUUCAAAUGUUGCAUGUAACUAAAGAUAAUUUAAAUGCAACACAAAGAGAAUUGUUGGAUCAUUUGGGAAGUCAGCAUAUCUUAAUGCAGCAGCAAAUGAGACAAACAGAAGUUGCUCAGGUCCAAAAUGUUGGAAUUUUUAAAGGGCGGCCAGUACUUAACACAACAAUGCCUACCAACUCUGUACUGCAACCACAUGCAGCUUUGAUAAGAACACACAGCAACUCUCAGCCUGGAGUUCAUCCUGAUUGUUUUGAAAAAGCUUUGUCCAGUAGAUCUUUUUCUGCAGGAUCUGUUUCUUUCGGCACAUCAAAAACUCUAGGAAAUAAAGAUAUUGUUGUGGCAGGCAAAAAUUGUAUAACAAGAAGUGAAAGUAAUGGAAAUGUGCCUUACCUCCAACAAAAUUCAUUUAUUCUACCUCAUAAGUGCACAAAGCUGUCCAGCACUACAGAAGAGCCAUUGAGAAAACAGCUAUCUAAUUCUGCUCAGGGUCUUCAUAAAGAUAAGAGUUCUCAUUUGUCAGGGUUUAUUCAUGAACAGCCUCUGCUUCCUACUCCAUCCACCCAGUAUCUCCAAGCAACUUGCAGUGGUUUUCAGAUUCGAAAUGGACUUCAUACUCUGCCUAGAAGUUCAGUACCACAGGGGGAUGCUUUAAAUCACCUCUCCUCCAAUAUUGCUACCUCAAGUGGACAGAGAAGCAAUACUUUGCCCAAAAAGAAUGAGACUUCAAAAAAAAUAUUCUUGGGGUCUGAAACAAGCAGGCCUGCAGAAGUCACAUCUAAUAGCUGUGUUGGUAUGAAAGGACUUUCUCAUUUACAUCAUGAGACAACAGUUGCUAUUUCCAGUCCUAAUGGAGAUUCUAUGUCACCCAGUUUAAUAAUUACCAACAAUCCUCAGCUCUCUACCUUGUUGGUUGGAAAAGCCAAUAAUAAUAUGGGUACUGGAUCUUGUGAUAAAGUCAGUAGCGUUAUUCCAAACAUGUAUACAAAGACUGAUAAUUUUGUUGCCUCUUCACUUUCUUCCGCCAUUUCUACAGAUGCACCAUCUCCACAGUCCAAUGAACAAUCAAGUACACAAAGUGUUAUCAGCCUUAACAGUUCUCACAGAGGGUUGCACACAAUUAAUAGAGAUGAACUAGAGAAAUCAGAAAGCUUUACAAAAGUUGGCCUGCCUAUAGUUAGUCACAAAUCUAGACCUCACAUCUUACCAUCGAUGUCUGUGUCCAUAUGCUCCAGCUCAACAGAAGUUCUAAAGGCAUGCAGGAAUCUAGGUAAUAAUGGGUUAUCUAACCCUCACAUUUUGUUGGAUAAAUGUCCACCUCCAAGACCACCAACUUCACCAUACCCUCCUUUGCCCAAAGAGAAGCUGAAUCCACCCACACCUAGUAUUUAUCUGGAAAAUAAGCGUGAUGCUUUCUUUCCUCCAUUACAUCAAUUUUGUACCAAUCCAAGAAACCCUGUUACAGUGAUACGUGGCCUAGCUGGAGCUCUUAAAUUAGAUCUUGGACUUUUCUCUACAAAAACAUUGGUAGAAGCUAACAAUGAACAUAUGGUAGAGGUGAGGACACAGUUGUUACAGCCUGCAGAUGAAAACUGGGAUCCCACUGGAACAAAGAAAAUUUGGCGUUAUGAAAGUAAUAGAUCUCAUACAACAAUUGCUAAAUAUGCACAGUACCAAGUCUCUUCCUUCCAAGAAUCAUUGAAAGAAGAAAAUGACAGAAAAACUCAACUUAAAGACUAUUCAGAUAAUGAAUCAAUGUCUUCUGAUAAUUCUGGAAGGAGAAGAAAAGGACCUUUUAGAACCAUAAAAUCUGGGACCAACAUUGAUCUCUCUGAUAAGAAAAAGUGGAAGCUGCAGUUACAUGAGCUAACUAAACUUCCUGCUUUUGUGCGUGUUGUAUCAGCAGGAAAUCUUCUAAGCCAUGUUGGUCAUACAAUAUUAGGCAUGAAUACAGUCCAGUUGUAUAUGAAAGUUCCUGGGAGUAGAACACCAGGUCACCAAGAAAAUAAUAAUUUCUGCUCUGUUAACAUAAAUAUUGGUCCAGGUGAUUGUGAAUGGUUUGUUGUACCUGAAGAUUACUGGGGUGUUCUGAAUGACUUCUGUGAAAAAAAUAAUUUGAAUUUCCUAAUAAGUUCUUGGUGGCCCAACCUUGAAGAUCUUUAUGAAGCUAAUGUUCCAGUGUAUAGGUUUAUUCAGCGACCUGGAGAUUUGGUCUGGAUAAAUUCAGGCACUGUGCAUUGGGUUCAGGCUGUUGGGUGGUGCAAUAACAUUGCGUGGAAUGUUGGUCCACUUACAGCCUGUCAGUAUAAAUUGGCAGUUGAACGGUAUGAGUGGAAUAAAUUGCAAAGUGUGAAAUCAGUAGUACCCAUGGUUCAUCUUUCCUGGAAUAUGGCACGAAAUAUCAAAGUCUCUGAUCCAAAACUUUUUGAAAUGAUUAAAUACUGUCUGCUAAAAAUUCUUAAACAAUGUCAGACAUUAAGAGAAGCUCUUGUUGCAGCAGGAAAAGAUAUUAUAUGGCAUGAGCGGAUAAAUGAUGAACCAGCUCCUUACUGUAGCAUCUGUGAGGUGGAAGUUUUUAACCUGCUUUUUGUCACUAAUGAAAGUAAUUCUCAAAAGACUUAUAUAAUACAUUGCCAAGAUUGUGCACAAAAAACAAGUGGAAAUUUGGAAAAUUUUGUGGUGCUUGAACAGUAUAAGAUGGAAGAACUGAUGCAAGUCUAUGACCAGUUCACAUUAGCACCUUCGUUAUCCUCUGCAUCUUAAUAUUACUCCACGAACAUUGAGAACUUUGUUCUUCAGGAAAUGUGUGUGCUACUGGUUUUGUAGUUAUUUCUUAAGACUGCUGGCUCAAAGCUAAGUCUAUGCAAACUUCCAAAAGUACAGGUUGAAAUAAGCAGACCAGGAGAACACUUCCUCUACAUCAAGACUAACUGUUUUGGUGUCUCUGUAAUUCCAGGCUAAUGGAUUAAUUUUCAGUUCUAUUUAUCUCUUAAGAAUUUUCUUCUAGAAGCAAUGUUGUAUUGGUUGUAUCCCUCUU